GGGCCUGCGCACGGUGCCUUGGGCUGCGCCCCGCCACCCCCAGGGUGUCGCGUCUGGCUCCCGCCGGCCAGCGCGCGGGAUGAGGAGCCCGUGCGAGGCGUUCCCCGGGGACUGAGCCUGCCUCCCUCCCUCCCGCCGCACCAUGAAACUCUACUGCAAGGUGGUGGCCAUCCUGCUGUGCCUGGGGACCCUGCUGCUGCUCUAUCUCUUCGUGGGCAACGCGGAUGAGCCGCCGCUGAAAGGGCCCGGAGACGCUCGCUGGCUGCCCGUUUCCUCCGGACCUGGGGGCCGCGCCCACCCGCUCUUUGCACAUUUCCAGCCCGUCCGGGCAGCGCCGGAGGAGGCGGAGGCGGCCGCGGCAGCCGCUCAGAUUUCCAAGCGAGAGCCACGUCUCGGCAAAAACCCCGGCAAGCGAAGUGCUGCGAGAGGGAAGUUUGCAAACGUUCGACCUGGGGAACAGAAACACUUGAAAGAACUUCCAUCUCUGCAAUGGAUGCACCUGGCAGUUGUGGCAUGUGGCAACCGGCUGGAAGAGACUCUUAUCAUGCUGAAAUCAGCAGUUCUGUUUAGCUACAGGAAGCUCAAGUUUCACGUCUUUGCUGAGGAUUCCCUGAAGCCUGAAUUUGAGAAAAAGUUAAGGGAAUGGCCUUCCUCUUACACCAAGAAGUUUGACUACAAUAUCUACCCAAUUGCUUUUUCAGUAGGAAAUGCUCAGGAAUGGAAAAAAUUAUUCAAACCUUGUGCUGCCCAGCGUCUGUUUCUUCCGGUGAUUUUAAAGGAUGUGGAUUCUCUUCUCUAUGUGGACACUGAUGUUCUCUUCCUGAGGCCCAUUGAUGACAUCUGGCGCUUUCUGAAAGAGUUCAACUCCACACAGCUGGCUGCUAUGGCCCCAGAGCACGAAAUACCAAAGAUUGGUUGGUACAGUCGAUUUGCUCGUCACCCUUACUAUGGAACAACUGGAGUCAAUUCCGGAGUCAUGCUGAUGAAUUUAACCCGGAUAAGAAACGCACAGUUCAAGAACAGCAUGAUACCAACAGGCUUGACGUGGGAGGAAAUGUUGUACCCAUUAUACCAAAAGUACAAAAAUUACAUUACAUGGGGAGACCAGGACUUGCUAAAUAUUAUUUUUUACUUUAACCCAGAGUGUCUCUAUGUGUUUCCCUGUCAGUGGAAUUACCGGCCCGAUCACUGUAUGUAUGGGAGUAACUGUAAAGGCGCAGAAGAGGAAGGCAUAUCUGUUCUCCAUGGUAACAGAGGCGUCUACCAUGAUGACAAGCAGCCUACUUUUAAGGCACUAUAUGAAGUGAUACGUGAUUUUCCCUUUGAAGACAAUCUCUUCCAGUCCUUGUACUACCCUCUUCAGUCUAAGUUUCUGGAUACUGUACACACUUUAUGUGGGCGAAUUCCACAAGUUUUUCUGAAGCAGAUUGAGAAAACGAUGAAGAAGGUUUAUGAAAAUCGUGUCAUUGUUCAUAUGGGAGCCAACUACAGAUACUAAACACAGCUAUACUUUAUAUGGAAUAAUUCUGUACCAUCGAGAACCUUUCUUCAGCACAGUGUUACUGGGAGACUGAGAUUGCUGCCUCUGACUGCCUUUUCCAAUAUGUCAAAAAUCCACUUGUUCUUGGACAUAAAAAAAAAAUCAACAUCUCUGCUUGGCACUUUGAUCCCUUGAAGUUCAGCAUCUGUGCCAGGAGUUUAACUAAUUGCCUCAAAGUGAAAUGGGAUGCAAGAUGGCUCUGAUGUUUUGUUUUUUAUAUUUCAAAAUAAUGUUCAUGUUGUAAGUAGUUAGUCUGAAGGUUACAGACAGUGUUACACAGCUCAUUAAAACUUGCAGUAGUUAAAAGAUGCUCAGCAGAAGCUGUAGGAAACCUGAAACUUUAAGAAUUCAUGGUGUAAUGACAUACCCAUAAAAGACACUUGGUAAGUGAAAAUCGUGAGGGAUGUAUACAACAGAGAGGUUAUAUUGUUCAGCAUGUGGAAAGCAACUGAAUAGACAGCCUUACCUUACCUUCACUUGGAACUGUCUUUUAUGUCUACUAUGCAAGGCGUCGAGGGGGAACUAUUCUGUAAUGGAAAAAAUUGCUAUAGACUGCAUUAUACAGUAAUAUGCAUGUAAUGCCAAUAUUUUACAGGCAUACAUACUUACCUUGCUUGGCUGGUGAGUGCUAGGGGCAUGUCACUUUAAUUAGAGUCUAGAAGUUCAAGACAGUCUGCAGUGUUGGCAUUGCUGCCCUCACCAUUCAUGAUUGAUACAGUUUCGCAAGGGAACACGUGCCAACCGAAAAUCCUCUUAAAUGGGUGGCCUAUGUGUAUCCCUCUUCUCCAGUAACAGCAGGCUAGCCCUCUCUCUCGGUCGAAUCAGAACAGUUGACACUAAUGUGCCCAAAUGCAAUACCUGGCUUGUGAGGGAGAGGAAGACAUGAGGUUUGCUGGCAGCUAAGGCUGCCAAACAGGCAGGUUGUACACAGUGGUAAGUGCCUGUGGAAACCUUUUACAAAUACAUGGGGUGUGAAAACAUAUGUGACACAUACGUAGGCAUAUUGCCUGAAUGGCAUGGCAUGACAGACAGCAGCACUAGGGAAGCAUCCGAGUAGAGUGAAGUGAAAGAGCCCAGAAUACCAGACUUGAAGUCCUGGCCCCACUAAAGUCAGUGACUUCACCCCCGGCCUGGACUAGUCUUCAGAAGACACAACAGACAAAAGAACAGUCCUUUUGACACAAGGCCUAAUGGACCCUCAAACCCUCCUCCCCCCCAAGUUGCACAUUUCUGGCUCUCAUCCUCACAUUAUCUUAUUCUCUUACUAUGUAAGAGAUCACAAAGUACCUAACUAGCAAUGGACAGAAGCACUAAUUCUGAACAGUCUUUCAGCUAUCCUUAAUGGGGAUCAGACAGGCAUUUAAACCUAUAUAGUGCAGGCUUGAAAUAUUUAGCAUUUUUCUUCAAGCCCCAACUCCUGGAGUCAGAUGAUUUCUUCAGAAUUUCAGUUUUUCAUUUAAAAAGAAAUGUAAGUUUUUGACUCUUGUGGUUAUGGAGAAGAGCUUCAAAAUGUGACCCGAGUGUACCUGAACUACUCAAAAUCUAAUAAAUAAAAAGAACCCAAAGUGUAUUAUUUUAAAAGCUUCACAAUAUUUAAAUACUCUUCUGCUGUCUGGGAGCUUGAUUCAUGAUUUUUAAACAUUUUGGGUUUGGCAAUAGCGCACACUUAAAAAAUAGUUUGAUUUCCUAAAUCAGGAAAAGCAGACUCUGUGGGUCCUAUUUGGUUAGAUUAGACAUCCUCUGAGCAUUUCUAAAUUGCUCAUCUCUGUGGUAUCUACACGCCACAGAAGUUAAUAGAGUAAAAGUCAUCUUGUCUAGAACUUGGAACUCUGCAUUUUACAAGAUGGCUUCUCAUAUACAGCAGUAGAGUUGCUAACUCGCAGACGCUUAGUAGGUUAUGAUUAUGUCCAUUAUAAUUCAGUAGAACUUAGAACCAUGGGAACAUAUUUGUGAAGAAGGAAUCAAAUAAGAUACUAUAGUUAAUGACAAAAUAAAGGCAUUAUUACUUAUAAAGUUAUUAGAGAUAAAAACAGUGUUUACAGGUGGUGCUAUAUUUUUAUAAAGAACAAUAUUAUGUUAACAGUUGUAUAAGGUAUAUGAAGUAUACAUUUUAACAUGAAAAUAGCUUUCAGUGUAAUGUGAAGGUGAUUUAUGCAGGAAAAUAACUUUUUUUUGGUAUUUUUCUGAAAAAAUUAAUUGAGCUGUAAUUUGAAAACUCCAAAGCCUUUUUUAAAAAGUUACAUAAUUUUGUUUUCUCAUUCUGACUAGAAUUAUUAAUUUAUAUUUUACUACUGCUUCCAAAAAAGUCUUCAUUUCAACAGCAGUUGGUUUUAAUAUUAAGCUUACGUUAAUUACACACCAUACUCAUUGCUAAUUACUUGUAAAUUAGCCUCAUUUAUUUUAAUAAUGGAACUAUGUAAAUACUUAUGUAGAAUUUAUAUAUUUUUGUCCUCCCCUUAUAUAAUAUUAUUGUAUUGGUAACUAAAAACCUCCAACAAAACAGAAUACCAUUUUUCAUGUACCAUACUAAGCAAUGAUACCAAAGCAUAUUAGCACUAAAAGAGGGAACACCAAAAUAGUUAUCUGUAGAUGAAUACAAAUUCAAUUCUUUGGCACAUUGAGAGAAUUGGUAACCCAGAUUUCACAAAGAAAAAAUCGUCUGCUGCAUUCAGAACAGUGUGGUAUGGUACAGCCUAAAGAACUGUGCCCUAGUUAUUUGAACACAGGCUGUGAUCCUGCAAAGACUUAUGCAUAUGCUUAAACUUUUCACACUGUGAGUAGCCCCAUCGCAGUCAGUCGAACUACUCUUAUUGUAUAAAAUGAAGUCUGUGCCGAAGUCUGUGCCUAAGUCUUGGCCUGAUAAGGGCUAUAAUGCAUUCCAGGUUUUCAAUUUGCUCUGCUGUACUUGAACUUGCUAAAGUUAUACAAAUAAGGGCCUGACACUGAGCGGUGCUGAGCACCUCCUUUCAGCCCUAAACCUUUUAAUGAAAUGUCAGAAUAAAAAUACACAUUAUACAGUGAGGAACUGCUAGUGAGGGAGGCAUUUGUUUGCAUCAUUUUAUAAUGUGAGGGCUUUUUUGGCUAUUUGGCCUGCGCCUGGCAAAGCCAGCUAGAUAGCUUUGCUAUAAUUUCUGUUCUUUAUAGGUGGAAACUGGAAACUAUUUUUUGGUGUGUGUAUGUGUGUGCACAUGUACAUAUGAGUGUGUGUAAAGAACUAUGGUCAAUUUCUGUAACAUUUAAAUGCUUGUAUAUUUUUAUCUGACAAGUGCACCAAUUGUUUAUAGCUCCCAAGGAGGCAUCGCAGUGCAUUUCUAUGUUUAAGAUUCUUUGGCUUGCAGUUUAAAUAAACAAACUUUUAAGCAAACUCCA